AUCCACCGCAGCAACACCUGCAGCCCAGCGAAACGUCGCUGUCUGCCCUGGAGUUUCAAAGUGGGGAUUGUUGAUUGAAAGAGGUAUUGAUACCCCAAGUUCUGGAUUGAUUCUCACCGCAGCCCGAGAAGCCAAGGUUGACUGCACACGACACUCGUUUUCCGGUCCCAGCACCGCCGUAUCUGACCUUUGUCAUGGCGGAAGACGAUGCAGAGAAGGCCUUCUUUGAGGCUCAGGCGAUGAACACAGAUGCGGUGGACCAGACUCCGGUGGAUGCUCAGGAUGAGGACAACUCCGACUCUGAUGAAUAUGAUCCUUCCAAGACGUUGCAAGUGGAGUAUUCCACGCCGCUGGAUGAGUCCAAGUCAAGCGAAGAUGAUUUAGCUCCAACCGCAUCCGAUUCAAAUCCUCCCCCACAGGUUUCUACGCCCUCGGAGACCGCUUCCGCUCCACCGACCGAUGGUGAUCAAUCCGAAAUGCCUGCCAAGGUAGAGUUGCCUACCACGGCGUCUGCUGCGCAGGCACCGCCGAAGACAAGGACAAUAGGGGGGUUCGUGGUCGAAGAUGAUGAUGAUGAGGAGGAGGAGGAAGCUGAAGCAUCUGGCGAUGAUAAAGGCGAUGCAGAUUAUGAGCCACCGGCUGUACUUGGUGUCGAGGACAUGAGCACUUUUCCUGUGAACAUGACCGAGAACUCCGUUUCAGGAAAUGCAAAUCAAGCUACUUCUGUCCCUGAUGUAUCUGACUAUGGAGCUGUGCAGGGCCCUGCCAGUUCUGUCCAUCACUCCAAUAACUCAUACUCUCCUCAUGCUGCUGUCUCUUCUAAAAAUGAUGCUUCUUCUGUUCCUUCCGCUCAAGCUCUGUACACCUCUCAGACUGUCCAGUCUGGUUUUGCAUCUGACAUCCCCGCUCCACCCCCUUCCACAUCAGUUGAGCAUUCGAGUGGGCCAGGCCGAUUACCCCACGACCGAGUCGGCAUUCUGGAAGACAGGAUCCAGGAAGAUCCGCGAGGGGACAUCCCUGCCUGGCUGGAGUUGAUUGGAGAACACAGAAGCCGCAACAGACUGGAUAACGCGCGCGAAGUUUACGAGAGAUUCCUCCAAGUGUUUCCUUUUUCUGCCGAACAAUGGGUGGCGUAUGCGAGUAUGGAGUCCGAAAACAACGAGCUGUUCCGCUUAGAGCAGAUAUUCAACAAGACGCUCCUCACCAUACCGAGCGUCCAGCUGUGGUCGGUUUAUCUCGACUACGUCCGUCGGCGAAACCCGUUGACAACAGACACAACUGGGCAAGCUCGGACGAUCAUCUCCUCUGCCUACGACUUAGCCUUCCAACACAUUGGCGUAGACAAAGACUCGGGGCCCAUAUGGACAGACUACGUUCUGUUCAUUCGAUCGGGACCUGGCAAUGUGGGCGGUUCCGGCUGGCAGGAUCAACAGAAGAUGGAUCUCCUGCGCAAAGCUUACCAAAAAGCUAUUGCGGUUCCGACCAGUGCCGUUAACUCCCUCUGGAAGGAAUAUGAUCAAUUUGAAAUGGGCUUGAAUAAACUUACGGGCCGAAAAUUUCUUCAAGAACAAUCACCUGCAUAUAUGACUGCACGAAGCUCUUUUACUGAAUUGCAAAACAUCACUCGAGACCUGAAUCGUACAUCUCUCCCUCGGUUACCUCCUGUCCCUGGCGCCGAUGGUGAUAUCGAAUUUGCUCAACAAGUCGACAUCUGGAGGCGCUGGAUCGCCUGGGAGAAGGGUGAUCCGCUAGUCUUGAAAGACGACGACCGUCCUGUCUUCAAUGCACGCAUUGUCUAUGUGUAUAAGCAAGCAUUGAUGGCGUUACGAUUCUUACCAGAGAUAUGGUUCGAAGCGGCUGAAUUUUGUUUUCAGAAUGAACUGGAACAUGAGGGAACUGAAUUUCUGAAGCAAGGGAUCGACGCAAAUCCAGAGAGUUGCUUGCUUGCAUUCAAACGUGCCGACCGGUUGGAGAUCACAUCCGAUUCCGAGCCAGACCCCAUCAGGCGAGGGACCAAGGUCAGAGAACCUUACGACAGGCUUCUUGACGCUCUUUACGACUUGGUCGCCAAGGCCCGUACCCGCGAAACGCAAGACGUCACCCGCCUUGAGGCGACCUUUGCAAGUUUGAACGCCGAAAAGCAAGUUUCGCAGAAUGAAGAGGACGACGAUGAGACAGGUGAAGCGAGGGCAAGGGAGUUCGCAAAAAAUGCACAGAUUGAAGCGGUCCGCAGUGCCCACGCUAUCCAACUCACUAUUCUUUCCAAGACUAUUUCGUUUGCGUGGAUUGCUCUGAUGCGCGCCAUGCGCCGCAUCCAAGGGAAGGGCAAGCCUGGCGAGAUGCCCGGGUCCAGGCAGGUCUUCGCCGAUGCUAGGAAGAGAGGCCGUAUUACCAGCGAUGUGUACAUUGCGAGCGCUCUCAUCGAGUAUCAUUGCUAUAAAGACCCUGCUGCCACGAAAAUAUUCGAACGUGGUGCAAAGCUUUUCCCAGAAGACGAGAACUUCGCACUUGAGUACCUGAAACAUCUGAUUGACAUCAACGACAUCACUAACGCGAGGGCCGUGUUCGAGAUGACAGUUCGCAAAUUGGCUGCCAAGCCUGAAAGCGUCCAUAAAGCCAAGCCCAUUUUCGCGUUUCUCCAUGAGUAUGAGUCUCGCUAUGGAGACCUUGUCCAGGUUAUCAACCUUGAGAGCCGGAUGCGCGAGCUUUUCCCCCAGGACCCUACCCUUGAGCAAUUCUCUCAUCGUUACGCCACCUCGACGUUCGAUCCCACUGCCAUACGGCCGAUUAUCUCUCCUUCGCAAACUCGGCCGAAAACUGCUGUUGUUGCCCCCCCUGCUGACCGACCGGAUUCGCGUCACGGCACCCCUCCCAGAUAUCUUGAUGCUCCUUCUACAAGUUCGCCGAAGAGGCCCCUCUCCUUGGAUGAUUAUGAUGAUGGCCUGAACAGGCCACGAAAGUUCAUUCGAGCCGAAUCUCCCUUGAAAGGUGCCACAGUGCGGCAUCUUGAUCAGAUGAGGCGCUCUACCCCGGUAAAUGGGAGUGGGUCAUUGAGCUCUCAAUUUCGACCUCAAGGCGCAACCAACCCGCUACCCCGAGACAUUGUCUAUCUUCUCAGCAUCAUCCCUCCAGCCUCUGCAUAUAACGCCGGUCGAUUUUCUGCAGAGAAGCUGGUUGACCUCCUUCGCAGAAUUGACAUGCCAGCGUCGAUCUCUCAGAUUCCGAUGCCGCAGUCUAUUGGUGCGAUGGGACAUAACCAGCCCAUGACGAUGCAAUCUUACACAGACUCCUACCGCCCAAGCCACUGAAACUCUUCAAUGCGUUGGCAGAACCGAGACAUGGGGAAGAAUACCGGUACAUAAGGGCAUAUGAUACAGAUUAGUCACAUCACAAUCGAUCUUGAAUGUAUCGUCGGAG